CUGUAUUCCAAAUAAACAAGCAGGCAUUUAAACUGUAAGCUGUCAAACGAAGAAGCACCCACAUAAGCUGUGCUCUGCCGAACUGACGAGCCAGGCAAUGCUGAGAGAUGCAGUAUGUCUCUAAAAGAAACACCAAUGGUGUUAUCAGUAAAGGAGGCUCCUCCUUAAUCUACAAUAGAGGUGCGGGACCAGAGCAGAAUUUUAUUGAAACUCUUCCUACUGAGAUGAGCGUUAAGAUAUUCAGCGAGCUGGAUGUCAAGAGCCUGUGCCACGCUUCACUUACCUGCAAGCACUGGAAUGCGAUCAUUGAGACCGAUGAGCACCUGUGGAGGAGCCACUGUCUGAGUGUGCUUAACAUCUGUCGCAGGGAGGUGGACGGGGACAGACAAAAUGGACUGUCCUGGAAGGUGACUUUGGUGCGGAAUUACCAGAAAGGCUGUGUGAAAAAAAGAUGGUUAAAGGGAAGGUACAGCAAUAUCCGCUCUGCUGACGAACUGCCCUCAAACAACAUGUGUCCUCUGGAUGUGGAGACCUGGGGUGAGAUAUUAGAGGCAGAACUGGAGAGAUAAAGUUGUAAAGACUGAUCAUAAAUUUUGACUGAAACACUGUCCACCAUCCAUGCUGCAAAUGAACUGUAUAACAUUUAAAGCACUAGGGUUUUUUUUUAUUUGUAAUUAUGUAUUUGUUAGAUUUUUUUAAAGUGAGUUUUGAUCAGUGUUGAAUUCAUUGGCAUUGGGAUGUCAAAGAAGUGUGCCGAUAAUCAUUUAGGUUUAGUAAAAAGUUUUAUCCAUAAACUGUUUUUUACAUGGAGCAGUGGGUAGCGCUGUUGCUUCACAGUAUGAAGGGCCUGGUUUCUAUUUCUCAGUUGGGUGGCUGGGUUCCUGGCUGUGUGGAGUUUGCAUGUUCUCCCUGUGUCUGCAUGAGUUUUCUACAGGAGCUCCAGUUUCCAAAGACAUGCAGUUAAGCCAAUUGAAGAUACUACAAAUUGCCCUAAAUAUGUGUGUGUGUGUCUGCCCUGUAAUAGACUGGUGACCUGUUCAGGGUUGCCCAGUGAAUCGGACCCACUGUGACUGACCAAGAUAAAGUGGAAGAACAGACAAUGAAUGAAUAAAUGAAUGUUUUUUUAUUUAUAUGCCAUUUUUAGCUGAAGUAUUUAUAUAAUUAUUACAAAUGCUUGAAUGAUUAAAUAGCUUUUAUUUUUAUUUUUUUAUAUAAUUAAUGUAAUAUAAUUUGUAAGCUAUGUUGUGUAUUAACAUUUUUCUGUAAACUAUACUUAUCUUCUCUGAUUUUGUCACUUUAAAUAACAAACUUUUGCUUUUGAUACAUGUGGUUUUUGUCAGUUAAAAAACAAUUGAAAAACAGUUUAAAUACAGUGGGUUCAGAAAGCAUCCAGACACUUUUCAGUUAAUUUGUGUUGUGCAUUUGAUUUUGAUUGAAUAUCCCUUUUACCCUCAAUUCACACUUAUUCACCCAUUAUGAUGUAGUGAAAACAUGUUUAUAACUUUCUCUACCUUUAUAUACACAUUUUACCUUCCAACAUUCAAGUAAUUGGAAAAAGGAAAAUUUUGAAAAAUGAACAACAAACAGUAAAGUGAUUAGUCCCGUCAUUUGGCACUUUGUAGAGCCAUCUUUUGCUUUAAUUAAUAGUAGACGUGGGAAAAUGAAAUAAAAAACUACACUCUCCA